GCUUCAAAUGGGUGCCUUUUCCAUCUGCACAUAGCUUUGCAAGUCCCACACGUGAAACGAGGAACAUAUUCAUAUUUUAUGCCAACCCCCCCUUUUUCCACAACUUGUUGCAUUUUGUUAAGUUCUUUUUCGUGCAAUUUUCAACGCCUUCAAAAAAAAAGGGGGGAAAUAUUUACCAAACAAAGGCAUACACGUGUAGAGGCGCGGUUGGGCAUUGCCAAGCAUUCGCAACACAUACGCGUAGCGAAGUAACACCCCGCCGCUUCCGACCGCCCACAACGCAGGUAUGCAAAAAUUAGGCUCGCGACUCCAUCUGGGAGAGGCCAAGUGCGGAAGACGGGGCUUUCAGCAUUAUGUAGUCAAGCCUGAGAGGGGCGGCUCUCUUUUUUGUGCGCGCCAUUUUUUUGCCAGAGAAGCCAACCCGCAGAGUGAGUUGAACGGCGCUCCCUUCUGCGAAAGGAGACAAGUCAGCGGCUUCUUCACCAAAGCGAGGAACAACUGCUCCGUCGAUGGAAAAGGAAGAAAUGAAAUACUUUUUGAAAAAAUGGAAAAAAAAGAUAGCAAUAUACUCCAUAUGACGAAGCAGAGCGUGUCCAGUGAGAAAGCAGCCACAGUCGAUUCUGCGAAAGGGGGAAGCGGGGAAGGAGAGCCACUUCUAAAACAUGGGGAUGAAGACAAAGUGGCCAGUCGAAAGGGGGAGAACCAAAGUAGGGAACCCCUCCCCCCAGUCAUAGACCUAGAACUGUCCGAAGUGUGGUCCAAAAAAACGCUCAUUCUAAAUUUCAAAAAUAGCGUAUUCGAAAUAAUUUUAAACAGGCCAGAAAAGCUAAACGCAAUUAACAAAGAUAUGAUUAACGGGUUGCUAAACAUUGUGAAGAGCCUAAACAGCGAUGAUAGGUGUCACCUGAUCAUCAUAAAAAGUAGCAACACGACGUGCUUCUGCUCCGGUUCCGAUGUCAAGGACAUUGUCCAAAAUAAAGAAAAAGGGAUGCAGCAUUUGAAGCAGCUCUACAUGUACAUUCACUACUUAUCCAAAAUGAAAAAACCUGUCUUGUGCAUAUGGAAUGGUUAUGCUAUGGGAGGAGGUUUAGGGAUUUCCAUGUAUGCAAAAUUUAGGGUAAUAAAUAAGAAGGCCAUAUUUGCCAUGCCUGAAAAUAAGAUUGGCUUCUUCCCAGAUAUCAGUUGCUCCUACUUUUUUAAAAAAUAUUUCGGAAGGAACAUUGGGCUGCAUCUAGGGUUGACAUCCCUACGAUUAAACGAAGCAGAUUUAGUCAACUUUAAAAUUUGCAGCAAUUACGUUGAAGAUGUGGGUGGACUGCUCAACGAGAUUUACAACAUUGGGAGGCCAAACCAGAAGGAGUUCGAGAGGGAACUCUCCACCAUUUUAGGCAAGUACCCCCCGAAGGUCACUACAGAGACGAAGCCGGUACUUACCCACGAGCUGAUUAGCAACAUUGAUAGGUACUACAGUGUGGCCGCUAACCUAAACGAUCUUCUUAGCAAGUUGAAGAAGGACCAGCGCAACCCCUUUUGCCAACAAACGCUAGAAGCUAUAAACCAGAACUGCCUCUCCAGCUGCAACUUAUGGUUUGAGUAUUUCCUUUACAAUUACGAUAAGCCCCUGGAGGAGGUGCUGGACAACGAUUUUAAAAUUACGCAGCAUUUUUUGUACCACACAGAUACUUUCGAGAAGGGCGUAACGGAACUGCUCGUGAAGAAAAAUAAAUCCUUCAAGUGGAGCUCCGCGCGGGAAAGUGGCGAUCUGCACGCGGGUCCAAGCGUUGAAGAUAUUCUGACGAACAGCGGGUUGCUGUCCAUUCGGGGGGAGCUCACAUGA